AGAAUACUACUGGUAACUGGGGCAUUUUUCAAAGAAAAUAAUAUCCCCGAUAAAUGCAAGCUGCGUAUCUUCUUUAGAACAAGAAAAAGAACAAGUAGAGGGGAUAUCCGUAGGUGCUAUACUUUCUGACUACCAGCGUGUUCGAGUAGAAAAUGUGUGUCAAAGGCUUAAUCUUCAGCCUUUAGCUUACCUUUGGCAGAGAAACCAGGAAGAUUUGCUCCGAGAGAUGAUAUCAUCUAACAUUCAAGCAAUCAUCAUCAAAGUAGCAGCUUUGGGUUUAGAUCCAGAUAAGCAUCUUGGAAAAACCCUGGAUCAAAUGGAACCUUAUCUCUUAGAGCUUUCUAAGAAGUAUGGAGUCCAUGUUUGUGGAGAAGGUGGAGAGUAUGAAACGUUCACUUUGGAUUGCCCUCUAUUUAAGAAGAAAAUAAUUGUGGAUGCAUCAGAAGUGGUCAUACAUUCAGCUGAUGCAUUUGCACCUGUUGCUUAUCUACGCUUUUUGGAAUUGCACUUGGAGGACAAGGUGUCCCCAGUACCUGACAGCUACAGGACAUCUAAUUAUAUACAUAAUUCUUAAAAAGCAUUUUUGGACAUUGCUUACUAAUCUGCCAUUUCUAUAUGAAGAAAAUUACAUAGUAUCUUCUCGGUUACUAUAUCCAGCUCUGUUUUUAUGUUUUUUUUUAUUCUGAUAGAAACAUUGAUUAAUUGGGGAAAUGGGAAAACCUUGUUCAUUAUUAUUGGCAACUUCUUCAAGAUUUACUUUCUCUGACUUUUGUUAGCAUGUCCUACCCAUGACCUCUGCCUGAUAUUUGCCCUUUUCCCCCUUUUAUUUCAUCUUUUACUCUAAUUUCUGUAACUUUUCUUUGCUUUCAUCACACUGGUUUAUUUUCCCCUUUCUCUCUUCACUGCUCUCAUCUCCACCAAUUAUAUAAUGAUGAAGAGCAUUUGAAAAUCAAAUGAAAAGGCAAUCACUUUAUUUAGCCUAUCAAGUCUUUUCUACUGGGUGUUACCAACAUGAUUUACCAUUUUUCUUUUGGUACUGUAUUCAUUUUAUCAACAUUAUUGGACAGUCAGGAAGAAUAUCAUUAACUCUUACUGGUUUUUCUGUAACAUUAAAAAACAUAAUAUUUAUUUCCAAAAGGAAAAAUUCUCUUCAACAAAUGCUGUUGGGGA